GACAUUAGUGCAAUGGAUAUUCGAGUUGGCAAGAUAAUUAGAGUAUGGCAUCAUGAAGAAGCGGACAAGCUCUUUUGUGAAGAGAUUGAUCUUGGAACUGAGAAGCGUCAGGUUGCGUCGGGACUCCGGCCAUUUUAUAAAAAGGAAGACCUUCAAGAUCGCUUGGUGCUCGUGCUUUGUAAUUUGAAGGCGCGCAACCUGGUUGGGUUUCCGUCGCACGGUAUGGUAUUGUGUGCAAGUAACAGUGACCACUCGGCUGUUGAAUUUGUCGUACCGCCUACUGGUUCUAGAAUUGGAGAGCGAGUA